AUGUCUCGUGGUGGCACACGAGUCUACUUUGGAAAGAUUCCCAGAGAUACAAGAGAAAGAGAUUUAGAGCGGUUUGUGCGUGGAUUUGGCAGAGUGCGUGAAAUUAGCAUCAAAGCUGGAUAUGGUUUCGUGGUAAGUGCGGAAAUACAAGCUAUCGAGCAUCUAUAAUCUUACUGCCGUAGCUUUGAACUGUAUUUUCGUUUCCCUUUGGCUAGGAAUUUGAUGAUCCAAGAGACGCAGAUGAUUGUGUAUAUGAUUUAAAUGGAAGAGAACUUUUAGGAGAAAGGUAAUUUUAUCACUUGUUCUGUCAUUAAUGACUAAAAAGAAGUUCAUUGAAAUUGGUUCCGUGAAUACCUGCACUUAAAAGUAAGAUAAGCCGAUGUUUAACAUCGUGGUUAAACAAACUAAUGCUUCUUGGAUCAAUAUGAAAGCAGUGAGAAAGCCUACACAAAAUAUCGUAUAUUGUACUCUUUACGUCCAAAUACAAAGUAGGGGUAUUUCGCAGAACGCCGCGGAACGCUGAAUGACUCCGAGUUUAGUGAUAAGGGCUAGGUUACAGCUGAGGUCCAGAGUGUUUAGUACCUAAAUAUAGUUUAAUGUAACCUGUUGGAACAGCGUUGAGAAUUAGUGUUUUAACAAAAUAAUUAUAAGCCACAGGGUAGGAAGUGGGAUUACAAUUAGAAGGCCGUUUUCACCAGAUCAUAAUGCACUGCAUUUAACUCAGAGUAAUUUUUACUCAAUUCCUUAACUCUCUUGACUGACUUAGUGCCUUUAACUAUAAACAAAGUGCUCUGUUAGAGAUAUGAAGAAGAUAUCAAACAAGUCUCAUCAGAGAACACAAACUACAUUUUUUUGGUGGUUUUUGUAGACAUAGCAUUAAAAGUUGAAAAAGUUGGCUCAAGUAUUUUUAAAGUUUCAAUCCAAGUCUAUCCUUGCCAUCCCUUGUAGCAGAUGACAGGAAGAGUAUCAAUACCUAAAUAUAGUCUUAAAUAACAAACCUGCUGGACCAUUGCUUUUGGAAUUCAAUACAGGCAAAAAAAAAUGUUUUAGCUUUUUGAAAAGAUAGCAAAUAGUGUGACAUAGCCCUUUUACAGCGGUUACCACUAACACGCGCCUUUGAAGGGUUUUUUCUGUCUGUUUAAACCUGAGUUUUUGUGGACAUCAAUCCACUGUUUCCAUGGUUUUCCAAGCGCUCUGACAGAGAAGGUUCCCUCAUCGCUGAAUGAAGGGCGAAUAAUUUCGAACGAUGACAGCUUUUUAAAAUUAUUUUAUUAAGAUGAAGGAUUACAUUGUUAAAACAACGAGGUCUCUGCGAGCUGAGUGAAAUAGCCGAAACAUUCUCUAUAGUUUACGUAACGGUUUUCAGGUUGUUUAUUCAUUUGAUAUAUGAAAACACGGGAGCCGUGGACGACUAAACUGCCAAGAAGCUAGUAUAAAUUCAAAGAAACAAAAGAUAUCACACCGAAAAGGGAACAAGUUUCCUCUGAAUGGAGGCUGUUUUCAAAAAUGAAUUUUACAACUUAUCAUUCUUCAUGUUAUUGAAUAGAAACCAGAACUAGCAAGAACUCAGACGAGUUGCGAGUGAUUGAGAAAGGUUAUGUGGUUGUAACUUACAGUGUGUCAAUGUGUCGAUAAUUUGAGUUUCUUCCGACAAACACUCAACAAAUUCGUACUCCUCGUAAUCUUGACAUGAAGCGGUGUCAGAUCCUGCAGCAAAAUAUUGCAAAAACAGCUGAAACGCCGACAUAUUCUUCCGAGUGCUCAAGAAACGGAGAAAGAAUCUUCUCUAGGCCAACGCAUGAAAAACCAUGGUAACGGUUGAUUGAUGUCCCCCAAAACGCAGGUUUGAACUGAAGAAAAAACCCUUUGAGGGCGCAUGUUAGUGGUAACCGCUGUAAAUCUUGUUUUCAUUGAAUGAUAAGAUAACAAGAAAAUAAAUGCACAAACUCAAGCCCUUGCUACCUGGCACUAAGCAGUUAUACUGCCUACAAGUGCAAAUCAUUUUGACUGGGUUGAUCACUAAUGAAGUAGCUUUGUCUUAUUUACAAAAACAGAGUUGUUGUUGAACAUGCAAGAAAUCCAUCCAGAACUUCAGACUACGGUUACAGAAGUAGUGCACCAAGGUAAAUAAAUCUGGCAAUAAAAGAGUGCUUUAUACAGACAUAGAGGACACAAAGUUAACUUUGUCUUUUAGAAGUCAUUUGGCUGCUUGAAAGCAGAGGCUAAUCUCAACAAUAUAUUCACCAAGCCACAAAAAAGUUAGCAUGUGAUUUUACUCUGUUAUGUUAAAUGUAAUGCCCACCAGCAUGACAAGUUUUCAGUGCCAAUAAUCCCAAUCUGUUGUAUACAGUCUGUCUCAAAGUACUAUGUUAGAAAGGAGAUGCUUCCAGGGACUAUUGAUUUACAGUAUAUUUUCUGCAAAAUGGCUUCAGCAGUAAAUUUGUUUCAUUGAGUAUGUGGAAGCAUGUGCUAAUGUUUUGUAACAUGAAAGAUGUUUGGAUGUCCAAACCAGCUUCAAGUGAAGUUCCAAAACAAUCACAAAAGUCAUCAGAAUGAAGGAAAUGAUGGCUAAACAGGGCCUUUUUUAGUAUCAGUAUUGUAGUUGAUCUUACUUACGAUUAUCAAUUUUGUUCCAAGCAGUAGCAGGCCUCCCAGAAGAGGGCGCUCACCACCAGUUAGGACAGAACACAGGCUUGCAGUGGAAAAUCUUUCUUCACGUAUCAACUGGCAGGUGUGUAAUUGCAUAAGCUUAUUUUUUUAUUUAUUUCUGUGUCAUAAAUGUAGUUUAUUACAGUGUCUAUAAAUGUGUUUUGUCUAAGGACAGGAUGGAAGAUGACUGUUUAUUAGCAAAUGAUUCAGUGUUCUCAGUCAAAGCUGAUUGGAAAUCUGAUCUCCUUCAUUAGAAUUCCCUUUUUUUGUUCUACACUCAUAACGUUUCAGUUGAUAUUGCAUUUUUCAAUGCAUUUUGAUAGGGUAGUUUCAUUUGAUUAUGUUGAUUUUGUUGUAGGAUACAGCGAAAUGUUCAAAGUUGUAGGUAAUAAAAUAAUUGAAAUUCAAUUGGUAACUAUCAUGGUUUCAACAAAAUUGACUUUUGAUCACCACCUCUUGAUUGAUCUGUAGAUAUCCAAAGCUAGCUAUGCCAUGUCCUAGCCAGUCUGCCUGCCCUACUCCUAGUCGGUCAUUCAGUCAGUUUCAUACAGACAGACAGACGAGCCUCAACAAACAGACAGUGUUUCAGGGCUUAAGUUAGUGCUAUUUUCCUCCAUCCAACCAGUGAGGGCUCUGUCUUCAGUGCCAUGAGCUAAAACUUACAGUUGGCCACCGGUGCUCAUCAGCCACAUUCAGUUUCCAAUUUGUAACAUAUGAUUCUCUAAAAUUGAUGCAAAAGACUACUGGAUGGUAAGUACAGUAACAUGGUUGCUGGAAGCCCAAGGGAACAUACAAGUGUGUAAUUUUAGGCUAACAGUGGUUGGUAUUCGACUAUAUUGUUAAAACUUCUCAGUGCCAAAGAGUGUUCCUAUUGCUUGGUUUUUACAAAAUUUCAAAGCUUUCAAGAAUUUGCUUGCAUUUGUACAUGUCAUGUUGAUAAUCAAACAGCCUUGUAUAUCUUGUUGUAUUCCUCACAGAUCCAGCAUUCUAUUUUGUUGGAACCUUGUCUCUAGGAUACAUUUUUCUCAAUGUCUUUAGUUAUGUUUCUCUGUUAUUGUAUUGUGAAUUAUAAAAGUGAACUUGAAGUAUUGUUUCAGGAUUUAAAGGAGUACAUUUCUAAAGCAGGAGAAGUUACAUUUGCUGAUGCCCACAAGAGAAGACAGGGAGAAGGGUGAGUAUUAAUCAGAGGUGUGAUUUAGCCCUGUCCGUCCAAAUUUUUAUUCGUAAAACCAGAAGAUCUAAAUAGUGCUAAAGUUCUGCUAAAGAGGUUUCAUUUGAAUGGUACAGCUGUAACACCAGAGGAUUUCAUUGACAGAUGCAAAAGUUAGAACAACAACACCAUUUGAAAGCACUUGCUGGGUGGAGGUGUAGUGAAGAAAAGUUUAAGCAUGACAUCAUGUGUUUUUUUUAUGUACAGUUUGUUGCUGCAGUUUUCAGCUGUUCAUUUUUUUCUUUUUCUGCAGAGUUGUAGAGUUUGCUACCAAAGAGGACAUGAAGAAUGCUUUAAAGAAACUUGAUGAUUCAGAAUUGAAUGGCAGACGCAUCCGUCUCAAAGUUGUAAGGCCUAUCUCCCAUUUCCCCUUCUCUUACCUGCUUUACAGUUAACAAAGGCUCUUUAUGCUUCAAAAGGUUUUUAAAAGCUGUUGGGUCAGGUCAUUAAAUCCCAUUCAGCAAUGUCAUCCUUGCUUAAAAACAAAAGAAUAUAGGAGCAAAAGACUACAUUCAUUCUUUCUUGUUAGUUUCUCACUUCUUCACUAAGACCAUGGAAAUGAGUGUUAAAUUUUUAUUACCUUUUAUCUUCCAAAUAGGAAAAGGUGAAAUCAUACUCACGUCGAUCACGUAGCCGUAGUAGAUCUCGAUCUCCAAAGCGCAAAAAGAGGUAA